AUGGCUUGGGUUGGUUGGAAACAAAUGUGCUAUCCUAAGUCCAAAGGUGGCCUGGGCUUUAGAGACUUGAAAGCUUUUAAUUUGGCUAUGCUAGCAAAACAAGCCUGGAGAAUCCUUACAAAUCCUACCUCCCUCAUUGCCCGAGUCCUCAAAGCGCAUUACUUUCCUUCUGGUGACAUCCUCAGUGCAACACUUGGCUCUAAUCCUUCCUAUUCCUGGCGAAGCAUAUUUAAUAGUGUGGAAGUCAUUCGUAGGACAACCAGAUGGAGAGUGGGCAAUGGCAAACAAAUUCACAUAUGGGAUGACAAAUGGCUCCCCACCCCCACCACUCAUAAAGUCAUCACCCCCCCUAAUAACCUUCUAACCUUCCCCAUGGUCUCUUCCCUCAUUGAUCCGGCCAUUAAAUGGUGGAGAGCUGAUGUCAUUCAUGCUGUCUUCCUCCCAUUUGAAGCGGACACAAUCCUAAGGAUUCCUGUUAGCCGACGUUUGCCCGAGGACAAGCUAAUUUGGAUGGGAAACACUCGGGGUGAGUUUACUGUGAAGAGUGCUUACCAUAUUGCCUUCAGUAUGUUCGAUGGAAAAGAUGAUGUUGGUAGCUCCAAGGGAGAUCCGCUUAAGCCCCUUUGGAAGAGAUUGUGGCACCUUAACCUUCCUGCAAAGAUUAAGAUCUUUGCUUGGAGGGCCUGCAUUAAUGGGCUGCCAUCAAGGGAAAAAUCGUGUGCCAGAGGUAUUAACACAGAUAAAGACUGCCCAAUUUGUAACAAGGAGCUGGAAUCCAUUCACCCUGCUUUGCUUCACUGCGAUUUUGCUAUCCGGGUUUGGAGCUUUUGGGCUGAAGGUGUGCAAUGGCUCCAAAGAAACAAUUGGACCUUUCCGGAUUCAGCUAUGUACUUUCUUGCACAUAAGUCCUCUCAUGUUUUAGAAUCUUUCUUCACUAUUGCUUGGGCAAUUUGGUACAAUAGAAAUAGAACCAUCCAUAAAGGCAAAUGCUCUCACCCCUCACAGGUUUGGCAGACGGCUAGGAAUUCCAUAGAAGACUUCACUAAUGCAGCUUAUACAGACCUUCCCUCCUCAAGACUGACUCUUUCUAGCUGUUGGUCGCCUCCUCCUCCUGGUGUAUUCAAAAUAAAUGUGGAUGGGGCUUCAUCAGAGCUUAAAGGAACUUCUAGCAUUGGAGUCAUCAUUAGAGAUUGCAAGGGUGAUACAGUUGCUGCCCUCUGCAAACCCCUCCAGUCCCAUUACCCGGCGGAAUUAGUGGAAAUCAUUGCCUUGGAGCAAGGUAUCUUGCUUGCUCAAGAGAUGCAUCUUCCUUGUGUGUUGUGUGAAAGUGAUGCCUCUAAUGUGGUUAAUGCAAUCAAUGACUCUGCUACUGGGACUCCGUAUGGACACAUUAUACAGGAUAUUAUUCAAGCUCAAGCCUCCUUUGCUUUCUGCACUUUCAGAUUCCUAAGCCGGGCCUUCAACUAUGCAGCCCAUGAACUCGCUCAGUUUGCUCAUAGGAUCGGCUCACAUCAGGUGUGGUAUGGGGUUACCCCUUCUUUUUUAGAAUCCAUUGUACAAGCAGAUCUUCUGCACUAA